AUGAUGCCUGAAUCGGACUCAUCGGGCUCUGCGACGCACCAACAACGAACAAUCGCCAACAGCAAUAAUGAGCGCCGCAAUUCGAACGGCAAGCGAUUCGUGAGACGCGCGCGUCGCUGGGCCGAACUUCAGCAUCGACGGCAGAUGAAGAGGGAUGAGACGCCGCACACGGGCGUUCCCGAACCACCGAACGUCUAUGAUUAUGUGGAGGUCGCCACCGGCGGCGACGAUGGCAUAUCGGCGACGACGACGCCGAAGACGAGCUUGGGCCACCGACAAUCGUUUCCGUUGCACCCGCGACGGCAGCCGAUGUUUUACGCGACACGACACGCGCCUUGCUAUCGCAGCGCCUCGGAUGUGCCAAUAUUCUACUAUUCGGAAUGCGUCAAUGAACAUGGAGUGCCGUACAUCUCGUUGUGGCAAACCGGCGGCUUGCCGCGCGCACUACGUCAGAACUCGCCGUCUUCAUCGUCGGAUAGUAUGCUGUCGCUGAUCACCAAUGAUCUCUCGACGACGAGCAUUCAUUCUCCCAACUCAUCGUCGUCAUCCAGCGAGCAGGAUGAUUACUAUUACGAGUUUCUGAGUUCGUCUCAAUUGCCGGCGAAACGCGCGGCGCCGCCGUUCGCCAAACGCGACUCGGCGACAUCGCAAAAGCCGAAAAAGUUGAUCAUCUCGAAGCCGCUCUACAUUCCUCCAGACUUUUUGGUCAACACUGUGCCACCACCGGAGAGAAGUUGGGUGAUGAUAAGGAAUACGGUAUCCGAGAGGCCAAUAGCCACUUUCACCGCCUUGUGCUAUAAUGUGCUUUGCGAUAAGUACGCGACGGUCAAUCAAUAUUCGUAUUGUCCGUCUUGGGCGUUGAAUUGGGAAUAUCGGAAGACUUUAAUACUCAAAGAGAUUCGCACCUACGAGGCGGAUAUUAUCACGUUGCAGGAAGUUGAAACCGAGCAAUUCCGAACAUUAUUCCAACCCGAGCUCAAAUCUCUUGGCUACGUUGGCAUUUUUACACCGAAAUCGCGCGCGAAAACCAUGUCGGAAGAGGAACGGAAGUAUGUUGAUGGAUGCGCGAUUUUCUGGAAGACUGAAAAGUUUGAGCUCGAGCGGCAACACGCCAUUGAGUUCACGUCGUUGGCGAUGAAGCGCGCUUCGACGAGUGAGAACAUGCUGAAUCGUGUGAUGCCGAGAGACAAUAUCGCCCUUUGUGCGGUGCUCAAAGUCAAGGAGAGCGUUUAUACGAAUGGUAAGCGGGGAGUGCCAUCGCGAAUGAGCAUCCCGCACGAUGAUAACGUUGUCGGAAGUCCGCUCGUCGUGUGCACCGCGCACAUCCAUUGGGAUCCCGAAUUUUGCGAUGUCAAACUUGUGCAAACAAUGAUGCUCGCGCAUGAGGUCUCGCGUCUCAAUGAGGAGGUCGCCAAGAAGUUCAACAUGACCACACAACAGGUGCCGGUGUUGAUUUGCGGCGAUUUGAAUUCGCUUCCCGAAUCCGGUGUGUUCGAAUUUCUGUCGCGCGGCAAAAUCUCGAGGCGACAUUCGGAUUUGAAGUCGUUCCGCGAUGACGCGUGCCUUGAGAAAUUCACCAAUUCGACCGACAAGAAUUUCAUCACUCAUCCGUUGAGGCUCGACUCGGCUGUUGACAUAUCGGCGAUUCCGUUCACCAAUUAUACGCUGGAUUUUCGAGGAAUGAUUGACUACAUCUUCUCGACGCCGCAAUCGUUGGCGCGGCUUGGAAUUCUCGGCUCGUUUGAUCAGAAUUGGGUGAUAAAUAACAAGAUUCUUGGCUUCCCGCAUCCGCAUGUGCCAUCCGAUCACAUUCCAAUAAUGGCUCAUUAUGCGAUCAUACCGGUGUCGCAUCAACGCCAACCGCCGCCGCCGCAUCAGCCGUCGGUUGGCGUAAUCGGCGGCGGUUAUCCGCAACCAUCAACACAUUCGUCGUCGUUCCUCAGAUGA